AUGCGGCGCCAUCUCGCGUGCGGUGGCCGCAACUGUCGGCCGCGAAAGGACACGGGCACGGUUACGGAUGCGGAUGCGGAUGCGGAUGUGGACACGGACGCGAGCGUGAGCGCGGCACCGCGACCAAUAGAUUUGGCCAAGCCCGAGCGAACUGAAGGCAACGAGAGUUGCAGCCCGCCAAAGGCAACAAACCCAGGACCACAUGCAACAGUCGCAGCUGCUGCGACGUCGACUGCGGCUGAGACGCCGGCCGAGGCGGCGACUGCGGCAGAGGCGGCGACUGGUGGAAAAAGGAAAACAGACAGAGCGGAAGCGAGCUCCGGCGACUUAUGGCCAUGUUUGUUGUACGGGUAA